GAGUUGCUGCUGACAACCACCCUCAACAGGUCUGCACCCAUACAGGAAAUAUCUGUCUUCCUCAAGCUUGGUUCUACAUUCUAUCUGUAUUACUGAGUUAUUGACUGAGACUUUGUUUUGGAAGGCGGCUGAUUGACUACUGGUCUGGAUAUUGACUCUAACUCUUGUUUCCAAGCUCAUAUCCUCAAUCACUUAAAGAUCAGUGUGUAGAAACAAACCAGUGACAGAUCUGUGGUUGAGGUUUAGACUGGGGGUGGAGUAUAUUACUGGACUUUCUUCAUAACUUGUACCAUGACUGGGGCAGAGAUUGAGUCUGCUGCCCAGGUCAAGCCUGAAAAGAAGCCUGGGGAAGAGGUUGUAGGUGGGGCUGAGAGAGAGAAUGAUAUCCCUCUGGUGGUCAGACCCAAGGUUAGGACCCAGGCCCAGAUAAUGACUGGGACAAAGACAAAGAAUAAGUCCAAGGUUAUGCCUGGAGGAAGCACCAAAGCUGAGACAAGUGCAGUGGGUGGGGCACGUCCUAAGAAUAAGGCCAAGGCAAUACCUGUUUCACAGUUUAAGGAUGAAGCCCAGAUGUGGGCUCAGACCGAGUUUGGUGCUGAAAGAAUGUCUAAGACAGAGAGAAACCCCCAGACUAAUAUAGCCUCUCCACUUGUCGGUACUGAUUCUGUGUUGGUUGCGAAAACGAAGUUCCUGUGUGAGGAUGGAGAACUGGUUAAUACAGACACUGAGAGCUUUCCUGGAAGAAAGGCUCAUUACCAAGCAGAAUUCCAGCCUUCUUUCAGGUCAGAGGAGGAGACCAAUAUGGGGUCCUGGUGCUGUUCUAGGUCUACAUCCAAACAAGAAGCUUCUCCUAAUUCUGAUUUCCAAUGGGUAGAAAAAUCUUCUGUGAGUUCCUUGUUCUGGAAUGGAGAUGAGGUCACUGAAAGAUGUCAUCCUAGAAACAGGGUAAAAGACAGUACCAGAUCCAGGCACAUGGCCAAUCAAGAGGCUAAUACCAUGUCUAGGUCCCAGACUAACCAGGAGCUCUAUAUUGCAUCUAGUUCUGGUUCUGAGGAUGAGUCUGUUACAACAUCCUGGUUCUGGGCCAGAAAUAAAACCAAUACCUGGUCUGGGCCCAGGGAAGAUCCCAAUAGAAGGUCCAGGUUUAGGUCCAAGAAAGAAGUCUAUGUUGAACCCAGUUCUGGGUCUGAGCGUGAAGACCAUAUGGAGUCUUGGUUCUGGGCUGGAGAGGAGGCCAAAUUCAGGUCCAAAACCAGAACUGGGAAGGAAGCCAAUACCAGGGCCAGGCAUAGGGCCAAGCGAGAAACUUGCAUUGAUUUCAUGCCCGGGUCUAUAGAUGUGAUUAAAAAAGGGUCCUGGUUCUGGCCUGAAGAAAAUGCUAAUACCUUUUCAAGGCCCAUGAUCAAGAAAGAGGCCAGGUCCAGAGCAAUGGCAAAGAAAGAAGCCAAAACCAAGGCCCGAGCCAGGGCCAAGCAAGAAGUUAGGUCAGAGGAGGAAGCCCUCAUUGGGACCUGGUUCUGGGCUACAGACGAGUCCAGUGUGGCAGAUGAAGCCAGCACUGUGUCCAGUCCACAAGUGGAGGAUGAGUCCAUAGUUGGGAGUUGGUUCUGGACUGAAGAAGGGGCCAGUAUGGGGACUGGGGCCAGCAGUGAAUCCAAACCAAGGACUGAAGGGGAGCCUAUUGGUUAUUCCUUAUUUGGGGCUGGGGAAAAGACCAGUAUGAAAACUGGGGCUGAGGUCACUUCUGAAUCUUUACUAGCAGCUGAUGAUGAACAGGUCAUUAUUGGUUCCUGGUUCUGGGCUAGUGAAGAAGUCAAUCAAGAGGCUGAGGAAGAGACCAUUUUUGGGUCUUGGUUCUGGGUCAUUGAUGAGGCCAGUGUGGAAUCUGGUAUUGGGGUCAGCUGUGAGUCCAGGACAAGGUCUGAGGAAGAAGAGGUCAUUGGUUCCUGGCUUUGGUCUGGAGAACAAGCUGAUAUAGAGGCUGGGAUUGGAGAAGAGGCCAGACCAGGAGCUGAAGAAGAGACAAUAUUUGGGUCCUGGUUUUGGGCUGAAAACCAGACCUAUAGGGAUUGUAGGGCUGAAGCUAGCUGUGACAACAUGCAAGGGGCUGAGGAGGAGGAGCCCAUUAUUGGGUCCUGGUUUUGGACCAGAGUAGAAGCUUGUGUGGAGGAUGAUGUCAACAGCAAGUCUAACCUGGAGGACAAGGAAGAGGCCAUUAUAUCAUCAUGUUUUGGGGCCAAAGAAGAGGUCAGUAUGAAGCAUGGGACUGGUGUCAGAUGCAGAUUUAUGGCAGGGGCUGAGGAGACUAGUAAUAGAUCUUGCUUCUGGGCAGAAAAAGAACCUUGUAUGUAUCCUGCCAACGGAGGAAGUUGGAAGUCUAGGCCAGAGGAGGAAGAGGACACUGUCAAUUCAUGGUUCUGGUCCAGAAAAUAUACAGAGCCAGAGGCCAUUACAGCGUCCUGGUUAUGGGCUGCAGAAGAGAGUAAUAUAGAUGGGACUGGAGAAGAAGCCAAGUUACUGACUGAAGAGGAGACCAUGAUCAAUUCCUGGUUCUGGAAAGAUGAUGAAGCCAUGUCAGAGGCUACUCACAGAGAAGAGUCCAGGCCAGAAGCUGAGGAAAAUGACAUUUUUGGUUCUUGGUUCUGGGCUGGAGAAGAGGACAGACUAGAGCCAGCUGCUGAGACUAGAGAAGACAGGCUAGCAGCUGAGAAAGAAGGUAUUGUUGGGUCCUGGUUUGGGGCCAGGGAAGAGAUUAGAAGAGAGGCUGGGUCUUGCAGCAAAUCCAGUACUAAAGCUGAAGAGGAAGAAGUCAUUAUUGGGUCCUGGUUCUGGGAAGAAAAGGCCAGUCUGGAGGCAGUGGCAGGAGCUGGCUUUGAGUCAAAGCCUGGGACUGAGGAGGAAGAAAUCACUGUUGGGUCCUGGUUCUGGCCUGAAGAAGAAGCCAGUAUAGAGGCUGGAUCUCAGGCAGUAGAGGAGAUGGAGUCAGAGGCUGAAGAGGAAACCAUUUUUGGGUCUUGGUUCUGGGCUGGAAAAGUAGUCAGUGUAGAAGCAGGGAUAGACUGUGUAUCCAAAGCAGAGGAUAAUGAAGAGAUGAUUGUUGAGUCCUGGUUCUGGUCUGGAGACAAGGCCAUUAAGGAAACAGGAACUGUGGCCACCUGUGAGUCAAAGCCAGAAAAUGAGGAAGGGGUCAUUGCUGGGUCUUGGUUUGAGGCUGAAGAUGAGGUGGAUAACAGGACUGACAAUGGAACCAACUGUGAGCCCUGGACACUAGAUGAUGAAGAUGAGGCCAUAGUGGGGUCCUGGUUCUGGGCAGGAGAUGAGACCCAUUUUGAGUCAAAUCCUAGCCCCGUGUUCAGGGCUGUUUGCACGUCCACGUGUUCAGUUGAACAGGAGCCUGAUCCUUCACGCAGGCCCCAGAGCUGGGAGGAGGUCACUGUUAAGUUCAAGCCUGGUCCAUGGGGUAGGGUCGGCUUCCCAUCUAUAAGCCCCUUUAGAUUUCCAAAAGAGGCAGCAUCUUUAUUCUGUGAAAUGUUUGGGGGCAAACCUAGGAACAUGGUACUUAGCCCAGAAGGGGAAGAUCAGGAAUCUUUGCUUCAACCUGAUCAGCCUGACCCUGAGUUCCCAUUUCAGUAUGAUCCUUCCUACCGGUCAGUCCAGGAAAUUCGAGAGCAUCUUAGGGCCAAGGAGAGUGCAGAGCCUGAGAAUUGGUCCUGCAGCUGCAUACAAUGUGAGCUGAAAAUUGGUUCCGAGGAGUUUGAAGAACUCCUUUUGUUAAUGGAUAGAAAUCGGGAUCCUUUUAUUCAUGAAAUAUCUAAAAUUGCAAUGGGUAUGAGAAGUGCUUCUCAAUUUACCCGAGAUUUCAUUCGGGAUUCCGGUGUUGUCUCACUUAUAGAAGCCUUGCUCAAUUAUCCGUCCUCCCGAGUUAGAACAAGGUUUUUGGAAAAUAUGAUUCGCAUGGCCCCAACUUAUCCAAAUCUAAACAUGAUUCAGACAUACGUAUGUAAAGUGUGUGAGGAAACCCUUACUUGUAGUUUGGAUUCCCCGGAACAGCUGUCUGGAAUAAGAAUGAUUAGACAUCUUACUACUACUACUGACUAUCACACACUGGUUGCCAAUUAUAUGUCUGGGUUUCUCUCUUUAUUAGCUACAGGCAAUACCAAAACAAGGUUUCAUGUUUUGAAAAUGCUACUGAAUUUGUCUGAAAAUCUUGUCAUGACAAAAGAACUACUCAGUGAUGAAGCAGUGUCAGAAUUUAUGGGCCUUUUUCACAGGGAUGAGACAAAUGACAAUAUUCAAAUUGUUCUUGCAAUAUUUGAGAAUAUUGGCAACAAUAUCAAAAAAGAAACAGUGUUCUGUGAUGAUGAUUUCGAUCUUGAGCCGCUUAUUUCUGCAUUCCACAAAGUUGAGAAAUUUGCUAAGGAACUGCAAGGCAAAACAGACAAUCAAAAUGACCCUGAAGGGGACCAAGAAAAUUAGUAAUGGUUAAUCACUGGCCUCAGAUUGUCUUUAUGUUCCUGGGUUAUGAUCCUUGAAUAAUGCUUUGGUUUUGACAGUUGGUUCUGUGUUGUAAUGUAUAUGUUUAAUGCUGACACUAACUUUGUCCAACUUUGUCUGUAAGCUGGAGCAUUUUUCUGAUGCCAAAUGAAUAUUAGAGCUGAAAACACAUUUGCUUAUAUUUGCCUUGUCCAAAUUGUGGUGUUCAGUAUUUGAGCUUAUAGUGAACUGAGCAUUCAUAAAUAAGCAACCCUUCUGAUUACUGUUCUACUGUAUAUCUAUCUGAGUGUUGUUUGUGUUUCAAUAAAGUUCUGUGUUAAAGUUGGCAGAAA